UUUGUAUAUGACCGUGGUAUGAAGUGUACAUACAUGUACAUGUAGGCCAUUUCCUAAGUUCUCGCGAGCGCGGGUUUUGAUCUAAGUGAAUAACCCUUAUAUAUGUAUAUAGAAUUAACAAAACACAAAUAUUAUUUGAGAUUAUCGUCUUGAAGACAAGUUAUAUAAUCUACUCAUAUUUGUCCUUUGUACUUAAUUGUCUCCAGCAAUGAUGAUGUCUUAUGUGCAUACAUAUGUAAUGCUAUAAUCCGAAAUGAUGGAUUUAAUGAAUUAUUAUGACAUACUUGGUUGUACCAAGGAAUCAACAUUUGAAGAUAUAAAAUGUGCAUAUCGUGCAUUAGCUUUGAAAUUUCAUCCAGAUAAAAAUGCAACAGAAUUUGAUAGUAUAAAAUUUCAAUAUGUGUUAAAAGCUUGGCAUGUUCUGCGCGAUCCAAAGUUGAAAGAAGAGUAUGAUGCCAUACUAAAGCAAGAAGAAUUAGAUUUGGAAAAUAUUUUAAUAUAUGCAAAAAUAUGGGUGAAUGAAUUGGAAGAAAUGGAUAAUAAUAAAGAUAUGUUGUCUUAUCAAUGCAGAUGUGGGGGAUUAUAUUGUAUCGAGAAGCAACAUAUUCAAAAGAAAAAUCAGAUGAUACACGUUCCUUGUUCAGAAUGUACUUUUUUUACUAUCAUUGAAACAUAAUACUUGUAUGUAACAGCUAAUGACAUUAGGACAGACACAAGACAAUCCAAUUAAAUUACUAUCACGAAUACUCGAUUAACCCUGGUUGUUUAAUCGAUGAACAAUAAAUAGCGAAUGAUUUUUGAACAUGUUACGCAUGGAAAAUUAAUCAAAUACUAUAGUGGUAAGUAUUUGACAAUGAGCAGAUACAAGCGCAUAAACUUUUUUGUAUUAUUAUAUUUAUAUAAUCAUUCUUCAUAAUUAUAUUUGUAAAAUGAUUAUAGAAAUAAUAAAACAUCUAUAUUGUUUUACAAUAUAGAAAAACUAAAAA